GCAGCUAGAGAAAUUUGAAGGAAAAAUGGCCUCAGCAGUGGCCCCAUCUUUUCAUUCAACAAAAGAGACAAUCAAUUACGCCCGCUUAUGCAGGCUUCUGGUGGAUGUCAGUGCACAUAUCUUAAGAGAGACUUUUGAUAAGAGGCGUCCAACAGGAGACCUGCACACAGUUUUGUCAAGUCCUCCAGUUCAUGCAGUCUUACAAUCACUUCGAAAGAAAAGGAUUAUUAGUCCUUUACAAUGGGGAAAACUAUAUCCUGCCAUCAAAUCUGCAGUUUCAUCAAAGAAUUUCGAUAUCACUCUACUGAUGGUUUUGCUGAGGAAUAUAUGCGGUCUUGUUCGUCCGGCUACCGGCUGGGAUACACUUCCUCCCGCAACAGACACAACCCUUGAGGCAGAUAUCGUUCGCAUCAAGUGCUGCAGAAACACAGUUUAUGGUCAUGCCAGCCAGGCCUCAGUUGAUGACCCAACAUUCAAUCAAUACUGGCAGGACAUCCAAGAUGCAUUGGUGAGACUGGGAGGAGCUGGUUACCAAAGUGCUAUUGAUGAUCUGAGAAAGGAAUGCAUGGACCCUGAUUUCGAAGAACACUAUAAAGAGCUUCUUAAACAGUGGGUAGUGGAUGAAGUCAGCAUCAAAGAAAGAUUGGAUGAAAUGACAGAGCACUUUGGUAGAAGCCUGGAUGAAUUAAAGGAAGCAAUCGUUAAUCCUGCAAAGAAAUUUAAAGCAGGAGAAAAAGGUAUUGUGUAUUAACAUUGUUUAAAAAAAUUGAAGAGGAAGAUUGAAGGGCCUCUCAUUAGAGGGUAAUAAGCAAUUUAACAAUCAGACCAUUUCAGUUUUAUAAAAUGCCUACCUUUAAAAAUAGCUCAAACUCGGAGAAAUAUCUCCCACUGGAACUGACCCUUUCCUCUUGGACCCAAAAUUAGAAAAAGACCGGGUGUUGUCUUUUCCAUGUUUUUUUUCGGGUGAUAAGCGAGUUAUUUUUUAUUAUUUUUUUGUUACUCAUACGGGGAGUGAAGAGAUUUAAUAGUUGCAAUAGAUUCCCUAUAAAGGUUAGUUCCGCCAAAAGCUGCAGUAAGUCUUACAGUAUUUACCUGGUCAGGUUCGUCGAAAGAAAGAGAUGGAAAAAAGCUAAAAUUCUCAUUGAAGUGGAGAUGACAGGGAGCAUUCUCUCCCCUAAGUGUCCUCACGCCUUACUUAGUCUCCAGCGGAAAAACAAAAACUAUGUGUUUUCUGAGUCAAAGAUUUUCCUCCCGUACCACAGAUUCCUGGAUCCCCUCCCGAAAUGGGUCGGUUAGUGUCGGUAAUCAUAUGAUUUCGAGUACAAUUUAAGAUAAAAGAGCACGAGUAAA